GCAGCAGCAGGCUGCGCUUUGGGAUCUAUUGUUCCCUGUUUUAUUAUUUCCAGACCUCUUUCUCUCUCAUUAAGGUGCCAAGAGAGAAAACAAAACGGAGACGAAGAGAAGAGCAGGAGGACACCCCAGCCCCGUUCUCCUGGAAUUACUUCUUGGUUGAACUGGUGUGGAAAAAAACCCAGCAGAAAACACACGUCAGCCCAGCUUUCUACCUCGUAGCCACACUUGUUUUUUUCCUCCUGACUGCUUUGGGAACUACAGUAGGCUACUUGUGGUGGCCAUGGGGCUCAGAGCUGUGGGGAUGCUGGGGGUCUCUCGUGAUGCACCGAUCCUCUCUCUGUGGAUGUUAGCACUGCUCUUUUUCUCCAUCUGGGAGCUGGAUGCACAAACCGCAGUGGAAACUAAACCACUAUACAUCUGGCAAACAGGUCCAUGGGGCCGUUGCAUGGGCAGUGAGUGUGGUCCUGGAGGCAGCCAGAGCAGGGCGGUUUGGUGUGCCCAUUCUGAAGGCUGGACCACCCUGCACACCAAUUGCAAACAGACAGAACGGCCAGACAACCAGCAGAGUUGCUUUAGAGUGUGUGACUGGCACAAGGAUCUGUACGACUGGCAGCUGGGUGCCUGGAACCAGUGUGUCCCUGUGUCAGUGCGCAGUGCUGGGGUGCAGCGCCCUAAUGUGUGCACCCGGGGAGAGGAGGGCAUCCAGACCCGUGAGGUGGGCUGUGUCCAGAAAGCAAAUAGCCAGCUCACAGAUGAUGCAAUCUGUGAAUACUUUGAGCCUAAACCACGACUAGAGCAGGCCUGUCUAAUCCCCUGUCCUCAGGACUGUGUGGUGUCUGAGUUCAGCCCGUGGACUCCAUGUUCUAAAACCUGCGGGACUGGCUUACAGAACCGGAUCCGCUUUGUUCUCGCUCCACCAUUGUUUGGUGGGGCAGCCUGCCCAAACCUGACUGAGUUUCAGACAUGUCAGCCCGGACCCUGUGAGGGAGAGGAGAGCCUCUACAGCCUCAGGGUGGGACCCUGGGGGCCUUGCUCUGUCCCACUGCCAAGGCAAGCCAGACAUGCUGACAAGCCUCCCAGAGAGAAUGACAAGCCAUUCCGGGAAAGUGCUAAGCAUUCCAAAGAGGGUGACAAACCGUCCAGAGAGGACAAGAAACAGUCAAAAGGUGAGGGCAAACAGAUCAGGGAGGGUGAGAAAGGGCACACCAAAGGAGACCAUCAGUCUAAAGAGGGUGAGAAACUAUCCAGAAAAGGUGAAAAAACAUCCAGACCCAACAGAAAAUUGAUUAAGGCAAACAGAAAACCAGACAGGCCAUCCCGACAGGCAGAUAGGCCAAAACAACAGAAAAAGACUAAAAACAAGGAGAAAAGGGAGAAAAUGAGAGUGAAGGUUCGAGACAGGUUAAGAGAGAGGAGCGAGGCAAAGGACCCUGAGACAAGAGAGCUCCUCAAGAAGAAGAGGAACAGGAACCAUCAGAACCGCCUGGGAGGAAAGUUCUGGGACCUGCAGGUCGGUUAUCAGACCAGAGAAGUGACCUGUGUCCACAAGAGUGGGAAUGUUGAAGCCCUCAGCCUGUGCUCACAGGAGACACUGCCAGUGACCUUCCAGGCCUGCGUAUUGACCAAAGACUGUGAUGUGACUGAAUGGUCUGAAUGGUCAGCUUGCUCCAAGCAGUGCUAUGAUCCCAACGGGCCUAGGGGGCAACGCACUCGUGCCAGAAAAGUGGGCCAGUUCCCCAUCGGUGGAGGGAGUGAUUGUCCAGAGCUGGAGGAGGAGGAGCCCUGCAGCCCCCAAAAAGAUGGAGUGCCAUCCUGUAUUGUUUACAGCUGGAAGACCACAGAAUGGACAGAAUGCAGGGUGGAUGUGCUGCUGAGCCAACAGGACCGUCGGCGUGGAAACCAGACAGGGUUGUGUGGAGGUGGGAUUCAGACUCGAGAGGUCUACUGUGUCCAAACCAGCGCUGAUACACCGACCAACCUCAGCUUGCUGAAGAGCAAGGAUGUAUUGCGACCAGUGAACAGUGAUCUGUGUCUGGGCAUCCCCCCAAACACCACCCAGCUCUGCCAUUUUGGCUGUCCUGUAGAGUGUGAGGUGUCAUCGUGGAGUGCCUGGGGACCCUGUACCUAUGAAAACUGUCAGGAUCAGGCAGCCAAGAAAGGCUUCAAACUGAGGAAGAGGAAGCUUGUCAGUGAGCCGAAGGGCUGGACGGGGAACUGUCCCCAUUUGAUGGAGGCAAUACCAUGUGAAGAACCCAGCUGCUAUGACUGGUUGGUGGUCAAACUAGAGGAGUGUAUUCCCGAUAAUGAAAAGGAAUGUGGACCAGGAACUCAGAAUCCUCAAGUGCAGUGUGUCAACAGUGACGGUGAAUAUGUGGAGAGGCAGCUGUGCCGUGACGCCAUCCUGCCCAUGCCUGCUAUCUGUGAGGUGCCUUGCCCAAAAGACUGUGCUUUGAGUCCCUGGACCCCCUGGUCGCUCUGCUCCCAUACCUGCUCUGGAAAAAACACAGAAGGCAAAGAGAGCAGGGCUCGCUCCAUUCUCGCCUAUAAUGCUGGAGAAGGAGGAGUUCUAUGCCCCAACAUCAGUGCCCUGCAGGAAGUAAGGAACUGCAAUGACCAUCCCUGCACUGUGUACCACUGGCAAACUGGCCCAUGGGGCCAGUGUAUAGAGGACUCUUCCAUUCUGACCACCAACAUGUCUGUGGGCCAGCCAUACGGAGACAGUGCAGCCUGCUCAGUUGGGAUGCAAACACGCAAGGUCAUCUGUGUCCGAGUCAAUGUGGGCCAGGUUCCUCCCAAAAAGUGUCCAGAGAGUCUACGUCCAGAUACAGUAAGACCCUGCUUUCUGCCAUGCAAGAGAGACUGUAUCGUCACCCCAUACAGCGACUGGAGCUACUGCCCAUCAGCAUGUCAAGCAGGUGGUAACACUAAGAGGAAGCAGUACAGGAAACGUAUCAUUAUCCAGUUACCAGCCAAUGGGGGACAGGACUGUCCUGAAGUGCUGAGCCAGGAAAGAGAGUGCGACACUCCUUCUGUCUGUCAAGGAUACAGAUGGAAAACACACAAAUGGCGUCGAUGCCAGCUAGUUCCAUGGUCUGUGCGUCAGGACAGCCCUGGAGCUCAGGAGACGUGUGGUCCGGGGCUGCAGGUUCGAGCCAUUUCGUGUCGGAAAGAGGAUGGUGGGCAGGCAGACCUUGAAGCCUGUCUUAAGUUUGCCGGCUUCAUGCCGCCUCUCACCCAGCCCUGCCAGUUGCCCUGCCAGGAAGACUGUCAACUCAGCAGCUGGUCCAAGUUCUCUCUUUGCACCGCUGACUGUGUGGGCAUCAGGGCCCGCAAGAGGAUGCUACUGGGUAAAAAAACGCGAUGUGAUCAGUGUAAAAACCACCAGAUGUAUCCCCUGAGUGAGACCCAGUACUGCCCAUGUAACAAAUACAAUGCCCAGCCUGUGGGCAACUGGUCGGACUGUAUCCUACCUGAGGGCGGCCGCAUUGAGGGUCAACUGGGCAUGAAGGUUCAAGGAGACAUCAAGGAGUGUGGGCAAGGAUAUCGUUACCAGGCCAUGGUAUGCUAUGACCAGGACAACCGCAUAGUGGAGACAUCUCGCUGCAACAGCCAUGGAUAUAUAGAAGAGGCUUGCAUCAUCCCCUGUCCAUCUGACUGCAAAUUGAGUGAAUGGUCCAACUGGUCACGCUGCAGCAAAUCCUGCGGUAGUGGAGUCAAAGUCCGCUCCAAGUGGCUGAGAGAAAAACCCUACAAUGGUGGGAGACCAUGUCCUAAACUGGACCAUGUGAACCAGGCCCAGGUGUAUGAAGUGGUGCCUUGCCUCAGUGACUGUGGACAAUACAUCUGGGUGGCAGAUCCCUGGAGUGUAUGGAAGGUCAGCAAUGUGGGCCUGAAAGAUAACUGUGGUGAAGGUGUUCAGACCAGGAAAGUCAGGUGUAUGCUGAACACUAUAGAUGGGCCCUCCGAGCAAGUGGAGGACUACCUGUGUGACCCAGAAGAGAUGCCUCUGGGGGCUCGCAACAGCCGGCUGCCCUGCCCAGAGCACUGUGUGUUAUCAGACUGGGGAACCUGGAGCCCAUGUGCACUCCCAUGCAGGGGGAACAGUACCCGGGAGCGGAGUGCUUACACGCUCCGCCAGCCUGGAGAGGGCAAGGAGUGUCCUCUGACUAAAGAGACAGAGCCCUGCAAACUGAACAGCAACUGCUUUCACUUCUCCUACAACAUCACUGAUUGGAGUACCUGUCAGCUGAGUGACAGAGCGGUGUGUGGAAAUGGCAUCAAAACCCGCAUGCUGGACUGUGUGCGUAGUGACAGCAAAUCUGUUGAUCUCAAAUUCUGCAAAGAGCUGGGUCUGGAAAGGAAGUGGCAGAUGAAUGCUUCUUGCAUGGUGGAGUGCCCAGUCAACUGUCAGCUGUCAGACUGGUCAUCAUGGUCUGAGUGCACUCACACCUGUGGACUUGCAGGCAAGCUGGGGAGGAGACGGACAGUGAUCCAGGCUCCUCAGGGUGACGGGAGGCCAUGUCCGUCCCAGAUGGAGCAGUGGAAGCCCUGCCUAGUGAAACCCUGCUACAGCUGGAGAUAUAGCAUGUGGUCUGAAUGCAAGUCUGAGGGGGCGAGAUGUGGAGAAGGCCUGCGCUUCAGGAACGUGUCAUGCUUUGUUGCUGAUGGUUUGGGUCAUCACAGUAGCCUGGUGGAUGAUGAACUGUGUGGAGAUCUGGAGCCUUCAGUGGACGGAUAUCCACACAUUGUUCUGAAGGAGCCCUGUAUUGUACCCUGUCCAGGAGAGUGUUACCUGACUGACUGGACUGUUUGGAGUCCAUGCCAGUUAAGCUGUGUGGGUGGGAAUGACCUGGGUUUUGGCUCAGUCCAAGUCCGAUCCAGAGCUGUGGUGGCCCAGGAUCCAGAGAACCUGCUGCAAUGUCCAGAACAGGAGUUGGAGGCACGUCCAUGUACAGAGGGCCAGUGUUUUGAAUACAAGUGGCGCACUGGACCAUGGAGAGGUUCAUCUCGCCAAGUCUGGUGUCAGCGUUCAGAUGGAGUAAAUGUCACCGGGGGGUGCCUGACAACAGCCAAGCCGAUGUCUGACCGAUCCUGUGACCCACCCUGCACCAAGCCACGUUCCCUGUGCACAGAGGCGGGUGUAUGUGGCUGUGAAGAGGGCUACACUGAAGUGAUGACAUCUGACGGCCUGCUGGACCAAUGUACUGUCAUCCCCGUGCUGGAGAUCCCCACUGCAGGUGACAACAAGGCUGAUGUGAAGACCAUCCGAGCCUUUAACCCCACGCAGCCUGCAGCCAGCACUCCAGGCAGAGUGGGACGCACCUGGUUCCUGCAGCCUUUCAGUCCAGAUGGGAAGCUGAAGACCUGGGUGUAUGGAGUAGCAGCAGGAGCAUUUGUACUGCUCGUCUUUAUAAUCUCCAUGACAUACUUAGCAUGCAAAAAACCAAAGAAACCACAGCGGCGGCAGAUGAACAACAGACUGAAGCCACUGACUCUGGCAUAUGACGGAGAUGCCGACAUGUAGAAGUCUUCCUGCUGCCCUAUAGACGCACCCUAAUGCAGGGCACACAGGGUUUGCUAGGGAAACCCCUUGAUGUCAGGGCUGCCACUGGGCAUUGUUCAACCAACACGAAGACACCCUGAGAAGGUGAUUCUGACUGAAAAAGAAACCUCAGAGAUCAACACACGGAAUCCUUGUGCGCUAGCAGCUUUGAUGUUCCUGUCCUGUUUUUUAAAUUCCCAUUUUCAUACUUUGUUUCACAAGAGCCUUCAUGAAUUCAUUCACUUCUUCUGGAAGUUUGCCUCACUUCACUGGAGAAGAUCCCCCAAAAGUGAUUUUGAUCUCAAAGCACAAUAUUCAUUUUAUUCAUUUUGUCACAGCUUAGUAGGAGAUUUCUAUAGGACAUUUGUUAUUCUUUGUCUCAUCAAGAACAUUCAUAUCCCUCUGUGUUAUUAUGGCCUUGGUCCAUCUCACAGGAAAAGCUAAGACCAGAGGGGGAAAAGUCAUAAAUCCCACCAUCACUUCUGCCUCCUCCUCCCUUUUCGGGUUUUCAGACAUAAUUUUGCACUAUAUUAGUGCAGCAUGAUAUGUACUUAUGUCUAGCUUUGCCACAGGAAACUGCCUCUCUCAAUACAAGAUGAUGUACAGUCUUGUGCUAGAAGUGUAAAAAGGUAGACUUUUUUGCAAACAGAACUCACCAAUGUUUGUUAAGAUGUUUCUUCUAUUACCUCUUGUAUGUGAUACGGUGGGACUCGGUGUAAAUAUUUUUUUUCCUGUGGUCUCAACUUUACCUUUCUAGUGUGUACAGCUACACGUCCAAACUCUGCUUAAUUAUUUAUUCUCUGAAGAUUUUUUUUUACUACGGUUUUACAUCAUGAUUUCUACUUUUGUAAAUUAUUGAUAUACAUUGAGAUGUACAUACAUUAUAAUCCGUUCAGACAGAUAGAAAGAAACUUCUUCCAUUUUGGAACCUUUUGGCUGUGACAUGGAAAGAAGAAAAGAUGACCGAAUACAAACAUUUAAGGUAUUAAUGGAUCAUUUUAACUCCUGGUAUUUAGGUGUAUGAGGAUCAUUAGGGCCUGCAACAUUUGAUUGGGGAGAUUAAUCUAGGAAGACUGAAUCAGAAGUCAAAGUUUAAAGUUAAAAUUUUAAUUAAAAAAAUCAGACCACUACAAAAAGCACCAGUAGUUCAAGAUCACUCCAUGCUAAAUUUGAUUGACUUAAAUCUCAAAGUUGUAUCUUUUUGCAUCUACAACAAACAUGCUUUCUCAGUCCGCUUCAAACUACAAUGUAUUUAUCACUCGAUCGUGUUUAGAGGCAAGUGUUAAAACCCACAUAUUCUGAAUGGCUGCACUGUGUCGUUGUAGCUUAGUCAUGGUUCUCAGUUGCUCACAUGAAAAUUGACAGAAGUAGUUCUUCAAGAAUAAGGGCAGUAAUUUUUUCUAAAAAUCAACGGUCUUACCUUUGACACCUGCAUACAUUGUAGUACUUGUCAGAUGGUCAGAGCUUUGGAAACCUCCUCCCUUUACACCUUUCUAAUGUGUGGGUAACAGGGUUGUAUCCAACUGUUUCUGAUACAGUCUGACAUUCACACCCAAUGUACACAGUGACUGGUGGAGGUAAGAUAAAAAGGUGGGGUUUAACUUCUCAAUCCUCUCUCUUCACUUUUCACAUUUACAACAAAGUACAAUGAUGUGAAUGUAGGGGUGCAUCAAUACCAGUAUCGGGUCCGAUACCACCCUCUAGUACUUGUUUUCAUACUUGUAAAAGUUGUCCUAUACUAUGCACCAAUGCUGUACCAUUUAAGGGCAACAUUAUGUUAACCUCACUUUCAUUAUGCGGAGAAGAAGAAAUUUCAGUGGUACAGUAAGUGACAAUGACAAAAGUAAUGCCAACUGUGUAUGUUUUGUAGUAGGCUACAGAUAUGCAAUCAGUUACAUGUAGGAUAUUUUAUUUAAUCAAAAUCAGAAAGUAAAUGUCAUGAAAAUAAAAAUCAUUGCAUUUUUGCACUAUUAAGUACCACUAUCUGUAAUCGGUAUCAAAAAGUACUCAAAUACAAGUACUCGUACUUGGGAUGAAAAACAUGGUAUUGGUGCAUCCCUACCUUCCAGAACAGAGUGUCCUUGACAGCUGGCUUUUUGCUCUGCCUUGAACUGUGACCCUUUCAGAAAAAUAAACACUUGAUUUCCAGCACGAUUGGACAGCAAUUCAUAGCAUAACCCAUUAAGAGAGCUUAGUGAGCCUGAUGGGUGGAACAAGACAAUUUCAAAGCCCAAUUAAAGGCUCCUCCAAAAUACAGUAGAUGAACGUAGCCUUCUUUUAUCCAAAUCUUGAAGACAUUGGCAUCGCUGUGUCAAAUGGAUGAAUAAAACAACCAUUCAUGUUUAAUAUAAUUCAUCUAGAUUAACGCUCUUAUGCCAGAGGGACCCUACACAGCAGUUGUGGUCUCAAUGUCUUGAAGAACUGUGAGCUUUUAAACAACUGUUUCACUAUGGUGACUUUUAGUGUCUCAUGACUGUGCAAAAUCCUGUCUAGGAGCUAGCUCUGUCGUUAAAAACAGUUCACAGGGGAUUAUAUGGGAAUAUUUUGAAGUGAAAGCUUAAACCAUACAGUACUGCCUGAUAUAAGCUAAAGUUCUAGUCAUUCAAACAGAACAGUGUAUUAUUUAUUACUAAUGAGAAGUCUUAUCAUUGCAGGAAAGUGACAGUUUAGUAUUCUGUGGAGUUUGUUGCUAGUAAGUUAAUGGAAUGUUUAUACUUCUUGAAAUAUGAGUUGUAAAUAAAGUGCUAACACUUCUUUUUUUAUUGUUCAUGUACCAUAAUAUGAUUCCUUUUUUACAGUACAAACUAUUAC